GUCGCUAUGGUGACCGGGCAGUAUAAAAGCGGAAGGCUGAGACGUGAGCUGCGCACACUGACUCAAGCAGCAUCAGCAGUGAGGUACCUCCACAGCCCCUAAGCAACAGCAACCAUGUCAGACCUCUGUGUUGGAAUCAACGGCUUCGGUCGCAUUGGCCGCCUGGUCCUGAGGGCUUGCCUCCAGAAAGGCAUCAAAGUCGUAGCCAUCAAUGACCCCUUCAUUGACCUGCAGUACAUGGUCUACAUGUUCAAGUAUGACUCCACCCACGGCCGUUACCAUGGCGAGGUCUCCCAUGACGGUGGCAAGCUCAUCGUUGAUGGCAGCCCCAUCUCUGUUUUCCAGUGCAUGAAGCCUGCUGAGAUCCCCUGGGGCAGCGCUGGCGCCAAAUACGUGGUGGAGUCCACCGGCGUCUUCCUCAGCGUGGAGAAGGCCUCCUUUCACAUCCAGGGGGGCGCCAAGCGCGUGGUCGUCUCCGCCCCCUCACCUGAUGCCCCCAUGUUCGUCAUGGGAGUUAACGAGGACAAAUACGACCCGUCCUCCAUGACCAUCGUCAGUAAUGCCUCUUGUACCACCAACUGCCUGGCUCCCCUGGCCAAAGUCAUCCACGACAACUUUGGCAUCGAGGAGGCUCUCAUGACCACAGUCCACGCCUACACAGCCACCCAGAAGACAGUGGACGGCCCCAGCUCCAAGGCCUGGCGUGACGGCCGCGGCGCCCACCAGAACAUCAUUCCAGCUUCCACCGGCGCCGCCAAGGCCGUGGGCAAAGUCAUCCCCGACCUUAACGGCAAGCUGACAGGAAUGGCGUUCAGGGUGCCAGUGGCCGACGUGUCUGUGGUGGACCUGACCUGCCGCCUGUCCAAGUCCGCGUCCUACGCCGAGAUCAAGGAGGCCGUCAAGAAGGCCGCGCACGGGCCCAUGAAAGGAGUGCUGGGCUACACCGAGGACCAGGUGGUGUCCUCUGACUUCAUCGGCGACACCCACUCCUCCAUCUUCGAUGCUGGCGCCGGCAUCUCCCUCAACGACAACUUUGUCAAACUCAUUUCCUGGUAUGACAACGAGUACGGCUACAGCAACCGCGUGGCCGACCUGCUGCUCUACAUGCACUCCAAGGAGUAGACGCUUCCCGUCCUGAGAGGAAGCGAGGAAAGGGACCACCGCUAAUCAUCAUAUACCCCCCCCCUCCCUUCUCUUUUACACAAAAGCCCCACCAAUAGCCAAGUCAUUGCAUUUCCAACCCCUUUAGCUCUACUACAGCAUAUGUAGGCAGACGCAAACGUGUGUUUGAGUGUUUUGAGUUGAUCCGUGUUUUCCUUUAAUGACGAGGCGACAGUUCGGUGAAAGUAUUCGUGUCCGUGUGCCCUCUCUCCACCUCUCCACUGCCAAUUUAGAUGUGUCAUUAUGGCUGAGUACUACUAUGGUAACUACUGUAUCCAUCUCACUGUUAGUGUGGUUUAAAAGCUUCGUCACCAGUGGGAGGAGGACCCCAGAGAGGCAGACCUACUGUAACUGCUUAAGAAUUAAGAGAUGAGAAAAUAAAGUUUGAAAAAACCUCU